AUGCCCACCAUCAACGACCUCUACACUACAGACCUCGAGGACACCAUCCGCGCGCUCUUGAACAAGACUGGUAUCCCCGGAUGUGCUAUCACUAUCGUCAAAGCGAAAGAGGAUGGCGGGUGGGAUGAGGGCGUGUGGACGCUAGGGGAGGCCAAGAAGGGCGUUCUUGUCACCCCAGACACCCGCUUCCCUUUGUUCUCCAUGGUCAAACUGGUCACCGUCCUUGCCGUCCAUCAAGUCCUGUCCGAAACAUCUUACACAUUUGAUACCCCUCUGAAGACCAUCAUUCCCGAAUUCAAGAGCCCCGACAAAGCGCUGGAAGAGGGUGUGACUGUUGCAGAUAUGUGCGCGCAUGUAUCCGGGCUUCCGGCGUACUUUGAUGUCUUUCACAUCGGGACGAGCUUGGAGGAUAUCCUCGAAAGCGUCAGCAAACUCCACCCCACCGCGCCCCUCCGCACAACAUUCCAAUACGGCAACCUCAUGUUCGCCCUCCUCGGGCUCAUCAUCGAACGCAUCUCCGGCCUCUCUUACCCCGACUACGUGAAAGAACACAUUCUCAAACCAUUCGACUUGGACAGUGCGGGGUUUGAGAAUGACGAGUUGACGGCGGAAGGGCAUUGGAUAGAUGCGAGUGGGGGAGGUGAGAUGAGGGGGAUCGACAAUGGGGUAGUGAGGUCGCCUGCGGCGUGGCCUGCUGGGGGGUUGAUCAUGAGCAUCAAAGACUACGCAAAGUAUCUCAAACAACUCCCCUCCCACCCCGGCUACCAAUUCGCCUCAACCCCCAACUCUUCCCACCCCGCUUUCGCCGACCUAUUCCACUACCCCUACUCUUCCACCACCCCUUCCUACGGCGGGGGGCUCUAUCAAACGACCUAUAAAGGGAUGGAAGUGCAUGAGCAUUGGGGCGCGUUCACGGGGUAUAGGGGGUCGAUGGUGUAUGUGCCGGGGAAGAAGGUGGGGUUGGGGGUGUUUGUGAAUGGGGAUGGAGGGGAGUUGGUUAGUACGCUCAUCAAGAUGACUUUGUUGGAGAGACUUGCGGGAGGGACUGUGGGGCCGGAGGAAUGGAAUACCAGGAUCGGAGAAGAUUUCGCGAAAAGGGUAGCCAAAUCAACCGCCAAUUUCCCCUCCAUCCCCUCCCCUCUCUCCUCCCAGAACCAAACUCCCCUCGUCGGAACAUUCACAGCCCCAGGCUACGCCACCUGGCACCUAACACCAUCCAACAACCUCCCCACCCGUCCUGCCCUCACCACAACCCCCAUCUUGCCGCAACUAUGGACAAAUCACGUUCAACCGGUCUUUACUGCGGUAGAAGAGGGAGAGUAUGAGGGGUGUUUUGAAGUUGGGUUGGAGGGUAAGGUGUUUUAUGGGGCUGGGUUUAGGGCCAAGGUGGAUGGGGACAAGUUGUUGGUUUACGGAUUGUCGGGGAUGGGGGAGAGGGUUGAUGUUGGGGAACACCCGCUGGUGUUCUAUCGUGAAUCUCAAGAGGCCAGUGAAGCCAGUAAAGACACGGAGAGCUUGGAGGGAUUGGUGGAGAUGCUUGAAGUCAAUUAGAUGCCGUGUCGCGUUUUAUGAACUUAUGGAGGUGGAUAGUUGGACGACGAGAUAAACCACAAC